UUGGGGGAGGUCGAGGUGGAGGGGGGAGGGAGAGGUUUGUUAUGGCGGCGGCAGGAAGCAGCCGGUGGCACGUGUAAAGGCGGCCUUGAGACGGCAGGUCGUCGAACGCGCGCUGCCGUCAGACUCAGCUACCAGCGCCUGCCGCCUGCCGCCCGCCGCGCGCCGCCGAGGGUCUGUGGGUCCCUCGCCGUAACCAUUGUCCCUUCUCCCAUCGCUUAUUACUCACCACGCGAUGAGGGCAGACUUGGCAGGGGGAGGGGGGAAAUAGGUCGCGAGGCCAUCGGCCGGGAACGGCCUCAACUCCUCAAACGAGUGUCGGCUGAACCGUCUCGCUACCCCUGCGCCAAUUCCGCUCCACACUGGAAAACAUCAAAGGGUCUUAUUCUUAUACCGGAUAAACAUAUCACAUCUCCUUAA